CUCAAAUUGCUAAAGGCAAGGAGAGGAACUGAGGUUUGUGAGCACUGUGGCUUGCAUUUCCUGUUUCAGCAGGCUGUGUGCAAUGAGAACGUCAGUAUAAGAAGAAAAUGGUGAGGAGGCUUAGAACCUCGGCUUGACAGCUCCCUCAGCCGUCUGAGACCAGUGAGACCUGGAGAGGGCUGAAGGCUCUCCUGAAACACUUGACACAGAACCUGGGAUCCGAGAUCCAAGCAGCUGUUCAAGGAAAGUAAGCCAAGCACGACAGGUGCUCGGGAGGCCACCAUGAUCAGCUCAGACUCCAGGUCCUCCCCUGGCUUGGCUCGGUGGGCCGAGAGCUAUGAGGCCAAGUGUGAGAGACGUCAGGAGACCCGAGAGAGCCGCCGCCGCCGCCGCAAUGAGACCACUUGCCGCCAGCCUGGGAAGGUGCUGAGGACCCAAUACAAGGAACAGCUUCAGAGAGCUCGGCAGCUACAGUUCCUCAAAAGGAGAAACCUGGACGAAGAGAAGAAAGGCCAAGUCAGGGAGCAAAGGCCCUCCAGCAAGACAGAUGGAAGAACAGGCCAAGUGUCUCUCCUCGAGGAGUCCUUGCCUGGUGCCAACAGGACCUGUUUCCCCGGACAGCAGGAAACAGGGAUAAGCUCUGAGGUUUCCCCAGCCUUACAUCAUUCCUCCUCAGGCAUCCGGAGGGAUCUGGAUGACCACCAUGCUUCCCAUGGGAGAGCCUUUCCACCACAGGACUCUGACAUCAAGAAGCCACACAGACACCACAGGGGUACCCAGACAAAGGCAGAAGAGGCGUGGCCAACAAGGAAGAAUGAUGCCAGUCAGCAAACCAACUGCGGAGUUGCUGUGCUAGACAAGGAUAUCAUUCAACUCUCUGAAUACCUCAAAGAAGCCUUACAAAGGGAGCUGAUCCUGAAACAGAAAAUGGUGAUUCUCCAGGACCUCCUGCCUGCCCUGAUCCGGGCCUCUGACAGCUCUUGGAAGGGGCAGCUUAAUGAAGACAAACUGAAAGGCAAACUAAGAUCCCUAGAAAACCAGCUCUAUACCUGCCUGCAGAAACACUCCCCCUGGGGGAUGAAAAAGGUACUACUGGAGAUGGAGGACCAGAGAAGCAGCUAUGAGCAGAAGGCCAAGGCUUCGCUGCACAGAGUGCUGGAGGAGAAGAUGCUUGCAGAGCAGCAGCUGCAGACGGCGCAGCUGUCCCUGGCUUUGGCAGAGCAGAAGUGUCUGGAGUGGAAGAGCCAGUACGAGGCUCUCAAGAAGGACUGGAGGACCCUAGGGGACCGGCACAGGGAGCUGGAGAGCCAACUGCAUGUGCUUCAGUCCAAACUACAGGGAGCAGACAGCAGAGACUCACAGAUAAGCCAGGCCCUGCGACUUUUAGAAAAUGAGCACCAGGAGCUGCAGACCAAACUCGAGAGCCUGCAGGGAGACCAAAAGCAGCGGAGCUCUGAGACCCAGGACCUACAAGAUCAACUAAGGAAGUCAGAGGAGGAGAGACAGGCCCUGGUGAACAGAAUACAACAGCUACAGAGUCUGCUUCAGAAUCAAUCCUUACAACUUCAAGAACAGGAGAAACUCUUAAAGAAAGAUCAGGGUUUGCCUGUGUGGAAUCCAAAGCUCUCCCUUGAUGAAUUGAAGCCUGAGGGUACAGAAAAGGAGAAAAUUGAGGAGCUCAGAGACCAACUACAAAAAGAGACAUCUCAGCUCCGGGCCAAGGAAAAGGAGUGCAGAGAGCUGUAUUCGGAAUUAGACAUCCUCAAUGAGAAAUACCUCUCCUGUCUACAUCACUGUCAAGAAGUGCUGAGCCACAGCCAGGAGCCAGCUCCCAGACGGCAGUGUGGCCAAUGGCUCCCGGUGCUGAUGGUGGUGAUUGCUACAGCACUGGCUGUGUUCCUGGCAAACAAAGGCAGCCUGGUCAUCUGAAGAACUUCUGGCAUCUAUCUGAAGUAAAAUUCAGAAGCAACGAA